ACUCCGAGAAGAUGGCGCACGAAGCUGUGCUUCGCAAAACAGUUCCAGUUGGCGGAAAAAAUGAUUCCUAUUGCCCAAAUAGCGUUAUGCUUUUGCCUGAUAGACCAAUAACCUUUGGUAGAAUAAUAUCUCCAGAUGUAAGUGUACGUUUGACGUCAAAAACUGCACCAUUAAUGAUUUCUCGUCGACAUGCCACUGUUUCUGUUUCGGCUGGCAAAUGGACGAUAGUGGAUCAUGAGAGCUUGAAUGGAGUGUUUAUCAAUAGAAACAGGAUUCAACCAAGCAUCCCUCAUUUACUAGAACCUGGUGAUCGAGUGGUUUUUGGUGUUGGAGUAAACUCUAAUACACCAGAAUUUGAAUAUGUUUUUGAACACAUUGCUAGAGGCCGCAAAAGGUGUGCAGACUCAUCUCUGUUGAGUAACAAAGACAGCUCAGUUAAACAGAGGAAAAUCUUCAGGGAAAGUGGUGGCUAUGUAAUGGUACCAUUCAGUACAGAUCAUCCUGCUGUUCAUGAAGCCAUUAGUGUUGCUGAAGAAAAGAUUCAAAAAUUGAAGGCUUCAUUAGAAGAAAAAGAGAAAUGCCAUGCAGAUGUUGUUCUGCAGUUGGAAAAAACAGAGAAGGAGCUACAAACUAAGCUGUUAGAUCAGAAGGCCACAUUAGAAAAAGAAAAACAUGAGCUGGAAGGUGCUCUUAAGACACUGUUUGCAGAAAAGUUGAUGGAGAAGGAAGAGCAACUCAAUCAGGAGUUGAAAAGCCAAAAAGAAAGCUUGAUAGAAGAAAAGAAACUUGUGGAAAUGCAGUUGCAAGAAGAAUUGAAGAAGCAGUUGGAAGAAAAAGACAAACAACUAGAAAAUCAGUUGACUCAACAAAAAGAAGCACUGGAGCAAGUGAUUGCUGAGAAAGAAGCCCGGCAGAACAUGCUGCAUAUAGAAUUGGAGAAUUACAAAGCAUCCCAAGCUAGAAUGCAAGACUUAGAGGCAAAUGAGAGAAAAAUGGAAUCCACUUUACAGGAGCUGCGACAAAUUGUAGAAUCAAAAAACAAAGAGCUUCUAAAACAACAAGAAGAGACAAAGAGAGUGGAGGAAGUUGCACGGAAAACAGUCAUUGAGCAGAUGGAGGAUGAGUUUUCUUGUAUAAUUUGUCAGGACCUUUUCAUUAAUUCUACUACCUUACCUUGUGCCCAUUCCUUCUGUGAAUACUGCUUGAUGUCGUGGCUUCAGAAGAAGAACAACUGUCCAAUCUGCCGUCAACCCAUAGUGGGAAGACCAGUCAGGUCUCUUGUUCUUGAUAACGCCAUUGCCAAAAUGGUGGAAUCUAUGGAUGAGGAGACCAAGACAAGGCGGCAGACUGUCACUCAGGAAAGGGAGGAGUUGAAAAGAGCUGCUUCUACAGCUAUGCCUGGGUCACGAGAACAUCCAAUCACUUUGAAUGAUGCAGAGGGCCAACAGGGUGAGAGUAACACUGUUACCCAGGCAAUGGUGCAGAACACAAUGCGGCAUAUGAGGCCUGCAAGGGAACCUCGUGGCCGUCAAGCUCAAGAGCACCGCCCUGCUGUACACCAAAGAAACAACUAUGGUAACCAAAGGUAUUAUGAGAACAGGUAUCAUGGUAACCAUGGUAGCAAUGGUGGGGGUGGUGCUGGAUAUCGUUACAGUGGUAGUGAUUAUGAGCGGCAGCCUUACCAGCAUAACUACAUGCAUGGUCUUCCUGGGACUUAUUAUCCAGGUUAUGGCCAUUGCCAUUUGUGUGGAAUGAGAGGACACUGGGCUCCCGGAUGCCCACUCAGUCAUUAACUGCAGUGGUGGACAACUGAGCUGCUGUUCAGAUUGGUAGCCAGUACUGAACCCUUAUGUACAGAUGCCAAAAACACAUUUAAAUUAAUUUACAUCAAUGGUUAUAAAAUUUACAAGGAUAAUACCUAAUUAAGAAACUAUGUAAGGGAAAUGCUUUGAAUGAAUUUCUGCACUGGAUGGAAAUGUGUGUUGAUGCUUCAAUUUCAACAUUGUUCUUGUUAUGGCUUUCAUAAUCUGAUUUGCAAAAAAAAAGGAAGCUGUCUACAGUAGAUUAUAAGUUAUCUCUUUCUGAUAAGAGUGUUAUUUAGUGUAAUAUUGUUAAUGAUUGGAACAAUUCAGAGAGUGUUUAAGACAGAGUGGUGCACAUGUAAAUAUUUCCUUUGUGCAAUGUUUGUACCUGUUGGUAAAGUUAAAAUCUCUCUCCUGGUGGUAAUCUAAAGUUAUUGUAACUUGAAGAACUACAUUUUCAUGCCCUACUGAACUAUGUACACCUAAAGUGAACUUAUUUUCAGGAACUUAAAAGAGAAAUGAAGACAAAAUUGUAUGUGUAAGACCCCCUUUAACAGGGUGUGGUCAUCACUAGAUGUAGGCAGUCACACAGGGGGAUUAAGGUACAGACAGAUCAAGCCAAGUUCCUGAUCAAAUAUUUUGCUCAACUCUGUCCACUCUGUCAACCAUUCCCCAAUACUGCUUUUUUCCCCACCCUUCCUUCCCUCUCAAACAUAAAAACAAAAUAAAGAAUAGAUAGUUAACUUCAAAAGUAACCAUUUGGAAACAAUUCCAUUGGCUUGGCUGCCUUUGUACCUUAUGAAUCAACACUAUCACUGAAAAAACAUUUCUGGCAACUAAUAGGGCUUUAUUAAUUAGUUAAUUCAUUCAUUGAUUAAGCCUAAUUGACUUCUUACUACUGUAUGGAUUAGUAGUCUGUUCUAAAAGGUGGGGGUGUGCUAAUAUUGUAGCAGUUUUGCGUUCAAAAAUGGAAUAAGAUAGCUUAACCUUAUGUUGAACUUACAGAGUGUAUACAGUCCUUUCAUUAAAACAGAGUGGUUUAUAACAAACACAAUAUUUAUAUUAUUGCUUUGUAAAUUCAUGUAACAUUG